AUUAAUCUGCAAUUGUAAGGUUAUUCCUCAGCGACGACAGCACCUUCUCUUCUCAAUAUGGCUUUCUCUGAUAAAGCCUCAGAAAACUCAACCUCUUCCUCCUCCUCGAAUGCUCCUCAUCUUGCCUUCACAACAAUAUCCAACGUCAAGCUUCAUGUCCCGAAUCAGCUCAGCUUUUCUCAGCCCAACUACAAAAAGUGGAGUCGGCUCUUUCUCCUCCUGGUGCGCCGAUUCACCCUCCACGGCUUUCUCUCAGAUCUGGUCAUCUCCACCACCACCACCGCCGCUGAACUCUGGAAGGUUAUUCAUGCUCUCUUUCAUGACAACAAACAUGCUCGGGCGAUGCAACUCGAGCACCAGUUUCGAACCACCAUCAAGGGUUCGAUGACCAUGGCUACUUACUGUCAAACUUUGCGAAACAUUGCCGAUUGGUUGGAUGAUGUUGACGCUCCGGUCUCUGAGUCUCAAUUUGUGCUUCAAAUGCUUCGUGGGCUACCCGACGAUCUCCAGGCUGAGACAUCGUUCUUGCAAUUCCAACAACCGCUGCCCACGUUCCUUCAGACCCGAUCCGCUCUCCUGCUCCUUGAACGGCAACGACAAACCAUCAUGGACGACGCCGGCACGGCGCUCAUAGCUGGCCGAACCGGCAGCUCACCAUACGGCGACAGUAGCAGCGGUUUCGGGCGCAGCGGUGGGACGACCGGCAGUGGGCACAACAGCGGCAGCGGCGGAGGUCGCGGGCAGCAGGGGCGCAACUCCGAUCGCGGUGUAGGCGGCCGUGGACGUGGAUGAGGAAGAAACUCUGGUUCGCAAC